GAAAAUUGGCAUUUUGCCUCGAAUGUCUUGCGGUGUUCGGCUGGUAGAAGUGAAUGGCCUGUGAUCUUUAGUGUCGGUCGCUUUCAUAUUUCUCUAUUUAUAACAAUAGAAGAUCUCUAAAAUCAAGAUGAAACUGUUGUAUUUAACGUUGUUGGUGCUUCCCGCCGCCCUCCUGUGCUUCCAGAGCGCAAACAUCUUCGCUCGCGCAGAGGAGGAUGAGCUGGAUGAUGUGGUGGAGCUGGACGGGGAAGACAACCAAGUUGUGGGAGAUGAUGUAAGCGACGAUGACGACUCGGUGGUGAAGUCUUCACAAGACGUUGAUACUACUAUUCUGUUCACCAAACCUGUACCCAACAAUGGAGACUCUGCUUUUGACUUACAAGCCGGCUUCCCCGUGGAAUUCCUCGUGGGCUUCAUCAACAAGGGCUCGGAAGACUACGUAGUUGAGACCAUGGAGGCUUCCUUCCGCUACCCGAUGGACUACACUUACUACAUCCAGAACUUCACGGCUCUGCCAUACCACCGCGAGGUGAAGCCCCAACAGGAAGCAACUUUCGCGUACUCCUUCAUUCCCAAUGAGGCUUUCGCAGGUCGGCCAUUCGGACUCAACGUGCAGCUGAACUACAGAGACGCCAGCGGGAACUACUAUCAGGAGGCCGUGUACAACCAGACCGUGAACAUCGUGGAGGUGUCGGAGGGGCUGGACGGCGAGACGUUCUUCCUGUACGUGUUCCUGGGCGCGGCGCUGGUGCUGGCGCUGGUGGCGGGGCAGCAGGCGCUGGCCUCGCUGGCUCGCAGGCGGGCCCCGCGGGCCGCGCCCCGCCCGCUCGAGGCCGGCACCGCGCGCCACGUGGACUACGACUGGCUGCCCAAGGAGGUCGUCAACCAGCUCAAAAAAUCCCCCAAGACGCCCAAACAGUCACCACGCCUCAGGAAAGCGAAGAGAUCAGCCGGUGACGACUAAACCAAGUGUUAUGCCGAAACCCAACUCAAGCGAGAAGCACCCUGCCCUAGGGACGCCUUUAAAGGCCAUAUGUGCCUUUACUACCUUUUGAAACACUUUUAUGAGCGUUUUUUUACACGCCCAAUUUAAAAAAGCACAAUAAUCACAGCUGGCUACCCUAUUCUAAUCGAUAAUCGGUAGGUGUUUCUCGCUCGAGUCGAUACAGACUGUGUGGUUUUAGUUAAGUGUGUUGUGAGUAAAUUAUGGAACAAAUAAUGUGUGAGGUUUGUAACAACGCGCGAUUAUGAAGACGAAGAAGACAUUAUUUAAUAAAAUGUUAAUUUUUU